AAGAAUUCCCUUUAUUUUCCUCUGAGACGCAGUGUGAGGACCGGGGGGCUGGAUCUGUCUCCCUGUGCUGGGUUCCUGUGCAGUACUUUGCUGGAGAUGAUCAGGAGCUGAUGUGAUGCUAGUUCUCCCCUGUCUCCUCCCAGCAUCAAGGAAACCUCCUCCUCCUUCUCUUUUUCCCCCCUGGCAGCUGGCACAGCAGCCCCACUUGGUGCCUGCCUUUGUGGGGAGCCCUCAGCUUGAAGAACAGCUGCUCUUGGCACCCCCUUUCUCUCCUCUCGGGGGCCCCCUUUUCCUUUCCAUUGGGCAGGCAAUGGAUACGUGGACUUCAGCUGGCUUGGAGCCCUGGGUGCUGACAAGGUGGGACCUUCAGGGCAGCUGGAGGACUCUUUGCGCUGCCCAGUAACCACACAGCCUGAGCCCCGGAGCCGAUGCGAUACAGUUUCAUCCCGGGCUGGAGGCAGAAGACCCUGGGAUUUCUGCGUGAGGCCCAUGGAUGUCGAAGUCCUCCCGGGUCCUGGACCCCAUGUUCUCGCCCCGCAGUUAUGAUGCCCUGCACGACCGCGGCUUGGGGCCUGCAGGUACGGACGGCGCCCCCGCGGGCACAGUCAGCAUCCCUCAGGACUCGCGGACCCACCUGAUGAGCGGCGGCUGCAAGGGCCCUCCCCUGAAGCGGCGGGGCGGCGUGGUGGACCACCGGGAUGUCAUCUUGGCCCACCAGGCGCAUAAAAUCCACAGCACCCCCCAGGCCAGGAGGAAAGAAUGGGAAAUGGCCCGCUUCGGAGACGAGAUGCCGGCCCGCUACGGGGGAGGAGGCUCCGGGGCAGCCGCCGGGGUGGUCGUGGGCGCCGGAGGCGGGCGAGGAGCCGGGGGCAGCCGGCAGGGCGGGCAGCCCGGGGCGCAAAGGAUGUACAAGCAAUCAAUGGCGCAGAGAGCGCGGACCAUGGCCCUGUACAACCCCAUCCCCGUCCGACAGAACUGCCUCACGGUCAACCGGUCUCUAUUCCUCUUCAGCGAGGACAACGUGGUGAGAAAAUACGCCAAAAAGAUCACCGAAUGGCCUCCCUUUGAAUAUAUGAUUUUAGCCACCAUCAUAGCAAACUGCAUUGUCCUCGCCCUGGAGCAACACCUACCUGAUGAUGACAAGACCCCGAUGUCUGAACGACUGGAUGACACAGAACCAUACUUCAUUGGAAUUUUUUGUUUUGAGGCUGGAAUUAAAAUCAUUGCCCUUGGGUUUGCCUUCCAUAAAGGCUCUUACUUGAGGAAUGGUUGGAAUGUGAUGGACUUCGUGGUGGUGCUAACAGGCAUCUUGGCAACAGUUGGGACGGAGUUUGACCUAAGAACGCUGAGGGCAGUUCGAGUGCUGCGGCCGCUCAAGCUGGUGUCUGGAAUCCCAAGUUUACAAGUCGUCCUGAAGUCGAUCAUGAAGGCAAUGAUCCCCCUGCUGCAGAUCGGCCUCCUCCUAUUUUUUGCAAUCCUUAUUUUUGCAAUCAUAGGGUUAGAAUUUUAUAUGGGAAAAUUUCAUACCACCUGCUUUGAAGAGGGCACAGAUGACAUUCAGGGUGAGUCUCCAGCUCCGUGUGGGACAGAGGAACCUGCCCGCACCUGCCCCAAUGGGACCAAAUGUCAGCCCUACUGGGAAGGGCCCAACAAUGGGAUCACUCAGUUCGACAACAUCCUCUUUGCAGUGCUGACUGUUUUCCAGUGCAUCACCAUGGAAGGGUGGACUGACCUCCUCUACAACAGCAACGAUGCCUCAGGGAACACUUGGAACUGGUUGUACUUCAUCCCCCUCAUCAUCAUCGGCUCCUUUUUUAUGCUGAACCUCGUGCUGGGUGUGCUGUCUGGGGAGUUUGCCAAGGAAAGGGAGCGGGUAGAGAACCGGCGGGCUUUUUUGAAGCUGAGGCGACAGCAGCAGAUUGAACGAGAACUCAAUGGGUACAUGGAGUGGAUCUCGAAAGCAGAAGAGGUGAUCCUCGCCGAGGAUGAGACCGACGGGGAGCAGAGGCAUCCCUUUGAUGUUGGAGCUCUGCGGAGAGCCACCAUAAAGAAAAGCAAGACAGACCUGCUCAACCCCGAGGAAGCUGAGGACCAGCUGGCCGAUAUUGCCUCCGUGGGGUCUCCCUUCGCCCGAGCCAGCAUUAAAAGUGCCAAGCUGGAGAACUCAACCUUUUUUCACAAAAAGGAGAGGAGGAUGCGUUUCUACAUCCGCCGCAUGGUCAAAACUCAGGCCUUCUACUGGACUGUGCUCAGUCUGGUAGCCCUCAACACGCUGUGUGUCGCUAUCGUUCAUUACAACCAGCCCGAGUGGCUCUCCGACUUUCUCUACUAUGCAGAAUUCAUUUUCUUAGGACUCUUUAUGUCCGAAAUGUUUAUAAAAAUGUACGGGCUUGGGACGCGGCCUUACUUCCACUCUUCCUUCAACUGUUUUGAUUGUGGGGUCAUCAUCGGAAGCAUCUUUGAGGUCAUCUGGGCCGUCAUAAAACCCGGCACAUCCUUUGGAAUCAGUGUGUUACGAGCCCUCAGGUUAUUGCGUAUUUUCAAAGUCACAAAGUACUGGGCAUCUCUCAGGAACCUGGUCGUCUCUCUUCUCAACUCCAUGAAAUCCAUCAUCAGCCUGUUGUUCCUCCUUUUCCUGUUCAUCGUCGUCUUUGCCCUUCUGGGAAUGCAACUCUUUGGUGGACAGUUUAAUUUUGAUGAAGGGACUCCUCCUACCAACUUCGACACCUUUCCAGCAGCAAUAAUGACGGUAUUUCAGAUCCUGACGGGCGAAGACUGGAAUGAGGUCAUGUACGACGGCAUCAAGUCUCAGGGGGGUGUGCAGGGUGGCAUGGUGUUCUCCAUCUACUUCAUCGUGCUGACGCUCUUUGGGAACUACACCCUCCUGAACGUGUUCUUGGCCAUCGCAGUGGAUAAUUUGGCCAACGCCCAGGAGCUCACCAAGGAUGAACAAGAAGAAGAAGAGGCAGCCAACCAGAAACUCGCCCUCCAGAAAGCCAAGGAGGUGGCAGAAGUGAGUCCUCUGUCUGCAGCCAACAUGUCCAUAGCUGUGAAGGAACAACAGAAGAACCAGAAGCCCGCCAAGUCCGUGUGGGAGCAGCGGACAAGCGAGAUGCGGAAGCAGAACCUGCUGGCCAGCCGGGAGGCGCUGUACAACGAGAUGGACCCGGACGAGCGCUGGAAAGCCUCCUACGCCCGGCACCUACGGCCCGACAUGAAGACCCACCUGGACCGGCCGCUGGUGGUCGAUCCCCAGGAGAACCGCAACAACAACACCAAUAAGAGCCGGGCGGCCGAGCCCACGGUGGACCAGCGCCUCGGGCAGCAGCGAGCCGAGGACCUCCUGAGAAAACAGGCCCGCUACCACGACCGGGCCCGGGACCCCUGCGGCUCCGUGGGCCUGGACACCCGGAGGCCCUGGGCGGGCAGCCAGGAGGCCGAGCUGAGCCGGGAGGGGCCUUACGGCCGCGAGUCGGACCACCACGCCCGGGAGGGCGGCCUGGAACAGCCGGGGUUCUGGGAGGGCGAGGUGGAGCGGGGCAAAGUCUGCGACCCGCACCGGAGGCACGCCCACCGGCAGGGGUGCAGCCGGGAAAGCCGCAGCGGGUCCCCGCGCACUGGGGCCGACGGGGAGCCCCGCAGGCACCGGGCGCACCGCAGGCCGGGCGACGAGGGCCCAGAGGACAAGGCCGAUCGGAGGUCCCGGCACCGUGAGGGCAGCCGGCCGGCCCGGGGCGGCGAAGGCGAGGGCCCAGACGGCGGCGAGCGGAGGAGGCGGCACCGGCUUGGCCCUCCGCCCGCCUACGACGGGGACGCACGCAGGGAGGACAAGGAACGCAGGCACCGGAGGAGGAAAGAGAACCAGGGCUCCGGGGUCCCCGUGUCAGGCCCCAACCUGUCCACCACCCGACCGAUCCAGCAGGACCUGGGCCGCCAAGACCCACCCCUGGCCGAGGAUAUUGACAACAUGAAGAACAACAAGCUAGCCACCGCGGAGUCAGCCAGUCCCCACGACAGCCUCGGCCACGCCGGCCUGCCCCAGAGCCCGGCCAAGAUGGCGAACAGCACCGACCCCAGCCCCGCGCCUGCCCCACCUGCCACGGCCGCCAACCCCCAGAACGCUUCCAGCCGCCGGACACCCAACAACCCGGGGAACCCGUCCAACCCCGGCCCCCCCAAGACCCCCGAGAACAGCCUUAUCGUCACCAACCCCAGCAGCACCCAGACCACCUCAGCUAAGACUGCCAGGAAACCCGACCACACCACGGUGGACAUCCCCCCGGCCUGCCCGCGCCCCCUCAAUCACACCGUCGUCCAAGUGAACAAAAACGCCAACCCAGACCCACUGCCAAAAAAGGAGGAAGAGAAGAAAGAGGAGGAGGAAGACGACCCCGGGGAAGACGGCCCCAAGCCCAUGCCCCCCUACAGCUCCAUGUUUAUCCUCUCUACGACCAACCCCCUUCGCCGCCUGUGCCAUUACAUCCUGAACCUGCGCUACUUUGAGAUGUGCAUCCUCAUGGUCAUUGCCAUGAGCAGCAUCGCCCUGGCGGCCGAGGACCCCGUGCAGCCCAACGCACCGCGGAACAAUGUACUGCGAUAUUUUGACUACGUUUUUACAGGCGUCUUUACCUUUGAGAUGGUGAUCAAGAUGAUCGACCUGGGGCUCGUCCUGCACCAGGGUGCCUACUUCCGUGACCUCUGGAACAUUCUCGACUUCAUAGUGGUCAGUGGGGCCCUGGUGGCCUUUGCCUUCACUGGCAAUAGCAAAGGAAAGGACAUCAACACGAUUAAAUCCCUCCGAGUCCUUCGGGUGCUACGACCUCUUAAAACCAUCAAGCGGUUGCCAAAGCUCAAGGCCGUGUUUGACUGCGUUGUGAACUCACUCAAGAACGUCUUCAACAUCCUUAUCGUCUACAUGCUCUUCAUGUUCAUCUUUGCCGUGGUGGCCGUGCAGCUCUUCAAGGGCAAGUUCUUCCACUGCACCGAUGAGUCCAAGGAGUUUGAGAAAGAUUGCCGCGGCAAGUACCUCCUCUAUGAGAAGAACGAGGUGAAGGCGCGGGACCGAGAGUGGAAGAAGUAUGAGUUCCAUUAUGACAACGUGCUAUGGGCUCUGCUGACCCUCUUCACCGUGUCCACGGGAGAAGGCUGGCCACAGGUCCUCAAGCACUCCGUGGAUGCCACCUUUGAGAACCAGGGUCCCAGCCCUGGGUACCGCAUGGAGAUGUCCAUCUUCUACGUCGUCUACUUUGUAGUGUUCCCCUUCUUCUUUGUCAAUAUCUUUGUGGCCUUGAUCAUCAUCACCUUCCAGGAGCAGGGGGACAAAAUGAUGGAGGAAUACAGCCUGGAGAAAAAUGAGAGGGCCUGCAUUGACUUCGCCAUCAGCGCUAAACCCCUGACCCGACAUAUGCCCCAGAACAAGCAGAGUUUCCAGUACCGUAUGUGGCAGUUCGUGGUGUCCCCGCCUUUCGAGUACACCAUCAUGGCCAUGAUCGCCCUCAACACCAUCGUGCUCAUGAUGAAGUUCUACGGGGCCUCUGUUGCUUAUGAAAAUGCCCUGAGGGUAUUCAACAUUGUCUUCACUUCCCUCUUCUCUCUGGAAUGUGUUCUCAAAGUCAUGGCUUUUGGGAUUCUGAAUUAUUUCCGCGAUGCCUGGAACAUCUUCGACUUUGUGACUGUUCUGGGCAGCAUCACCGACAUCCUGGUGACCGAGUUUGGGAAUAACUUCAUCAACCUGAGCUUCCUGCGCCUCUUCCGAGCGGCCCGGCUCAUCAAACUCCUCCGUCAGGGUUACACCAUCCGGAUUCUUCUCUGGACCUUUGUGCAGUCCUUCAAGGCCCUGCCCUAUGUCUGUCUGCUGAUUGCCAUGCUUUUCUUCAUCUACGCCAUCAUUGGGAUGCAGGUGUUUGGCAACAUCGGCAUCGACGUAGAGGAUGAGGACAGUGACGAGGAUGAAUUCCAAAUCACUGAGCACAAUAACUUCCGGACCUUCUUCCAGGCCCUCAUGCUUCUCUUCCGGAGUGCCACUGGAGAGGCUUGGCACAACAUCAUGCUUUCCUGCCUCAGCGGUAAACCCUGUGAUAAGAACUCUGGCAUCCUGACUCAUGAGUGCGGCAAUGAAUUUGCCUAUUUUUACUUCGUUUCCUUCAUCUUCCUCUGCUCAUUUCUGAUGCUGAACCUUUUUGUUGCUGUCAUCAUGGACAACUUUGAGUACCUCACCCGAGAUUCCUCCAUCCUGGGUCCCCACCACCUGGAUGAGUACGUGCGUGUCUGGGCCGAGUACGACCCCGCAGCGUGGUCACAGCAGUUGGAUGCUGUCCCCCUGUCCUCUAUUCCACGAGCCCCCCCAGCCCCCAGUGUAGCCCAUCCAGAUUGUGGAAGAGGGAGACACAGAGAGCCCUGGGGGAGGUUCCCCCAGCCCAGAGCUCCCAACCCACUCCAAAUGAAACCCUCUGCCCCAGGGUCUAGGCUCCUGCGGAUGGAUCUGCCUGUUGCCGAUGACAACACCGUCCACUUCAAUUCUACCCUCAUGGCUCUGAUCCGCACAGCCCUGGACAUCAAGAUCGCCAAGGGCGGAGCCGACAAACAACAGAUGGACGCUGAGCUGCGGAAGGAGAUGAUGGCCAUCUGGCCCAACCUGUCCCAGAAGACGCUGGACCUGCUGGUCACCCCUCACAAGUCCACGGACCUGACGGUGGGGAAGAUCUAUGCAGCCAUGAUGAUCAUGGAGUACUACCGGCAAAGCAAGGCCAAGAAGCUACAGGCCAUGCGCGAGGAGCAGAACCGGACACCUCUCAUGUUCCAGCGCAUGGAACCCCCAUCUCCAACGCAGGAGGGGGCGCCCGGCCAGAAUGCCCUCCCCUCCACCCAGCUGGACCCAGGAGGAGGCCUGAUGGCUCACGAAAGCGGCAUGAAGGAAAGCCCAUCCUGGGUGACCCAGCGGGCCCAGGAGAUGUUCCAGAAGACGGGCACGUGGAGCCCGGAGCGAGGACCCCCCACGGACAUGCCCAAUAGCCAGCCCAACUCUCAGUCUGUGGAGAUGCGAGAGAUGGGCAGAGACGGCUACUCCGACAGUGAGCACUACCUCCCCAUGGAGGGCCAGGCCCGGGCCACCUCCAUGCCCCGCCUCCCCGCCGAGAACCAGAGGAGAAGGGGCCGGCCACGUGGGAAUAACCUCAGUACCAUCUCAGACACCAGCCCCAUGAAGCGCUCGGCCUCCGUGCUGGGCCCCAAGGCCCGGCGCCUGGACGACUACUCCCUGGAGAGGGUGCCACCCGAAGAGAACCAGCGGCACCACCAGCGGCGCAGAGACCGCAGCCACCGCGCCUCCGAGCGCUCCUUGGGCCGCUACACGGACGUGGACACAGGCUUGGGGACAGACCUGAGCAUGACCACCCAGUCUGGGGACCUGCCAUCAAAGGAACGAGACCAGGAGCGGGGCCGGCCCAAGGACCGGAAGCAUCGGCAGCACCACCACCACCACCACCACCACCACCCCCCGCCCCCAGACAAGGAGCGCUACGCCCAGGAGCGGCCUGACCACGGCCGGACCCGGGCCCGGGACCAGCGCUGGUCCCGCUCACCCAGUGAGGGCCGAGAGCACAUGGCACACCGGCAGGGCAGUAGUUCCGUAAGUGGAAGCCCAGCCCCCUCAACAUCUGGUACCAGCACUCCGCGGCGGGGACGCCGCCAGCUCCCCCAGACCCCCUCCACCCCCCGGCCACACGUGUCCUAUUCCCCCGUGAUCCGUAAGGCCGGCGGCUCGGGUCCCCCGCAGCAACAGCAGCAGCAGCAGCAGCCGGCGGUGCGGCCAAGCCGGGCAGCCCCCAGCGGCCCGCGGAGGUACCCGGGCCCCGCGGCUGAGCCCCUGGCCGGGGAGCGGCCGCCCACGGGGGGCCACGGCAGCAGCCUCUCGCCAACGAUGGAGCGGCGGGUCCCGGGCAUGGCCAGGAGCGAGUCCCCCAGAGCGUGUCGCCACGGCGGGGCGCGGUGGCCGGCGUCCGGCGCGCACGCGGCCGAGGGGCCCCCGGUCCCCCGGCACCACGGUUACUACCGGGGCUCCGACUACGACGAUCCCGACGGCCUGGGCAGCGGCAGCGGCGGCGGCGGCGGGGAGGAGCCCCGGGUCGCCGCCUACGACGCGCCGCCCCCCGCGCGCCACGCGUGCUCGCCCAGGACUCCCCGGGCCGCUGGCCCGGCCUGCGCCUCGCCUUCCAGGCACGGCCGGCGACUCCCCAACGGCUACUACCCGGCCCACGGACUGGCCAGGCCCCGUGGGCCGGGCUCCCGGAAAGGCCUGCACGAAACCUACAGCGAGACCGACGACGACGACUGGUGCUAAGCCCGGGCGAGGUGGCACCCGCGCCCGCCCGGCCCCCCCCACGCACCCCACGCACACGCCCCCCCGGGGAGGAGCCGCACCGGCCGCGGGGCCACCUCGCUGCCACCUGCCCAGCACACGGGGGGAGGCCCGGGAGGGCCCAGGAGAG